CGUAACUCAGUUUGGGAGUGAAAUGGAAAAUGGUGAAAGAUGGAAAGGGACAACACUAGAAAGGUGGUGAGGACAAUGAGAGAUAAAACGGACACUAAUUAGGAAAUUCUGCGUGGUAUUGCGUAAUAUCCUGUGGAUCUAUUGUCAUUGUUGAACAACCCAGCUUUACCCUACAUAAUGAAGGAACUACAGCAGAUUCAGAGAGAGGCACCCUCCAGGAUGAUUUCAUAUUUAUUCCAGUCAGUUCGGAAUGAGAGAAAUCUGAUGAUGAUGGUUAGCGUAAUGAUAUUGAUGUAUUUCUUUUUUAUGGACAUUAUACUGUAUGCUUCCUUACAAAAUACCAACCUUCUAGACCAGAAACGAGAUGGGCCGUAUUCGCCUUUCCACCCGUUGUCAAUCAAACUGAUCAUGACUGAUCCAGCUAGUCACUACAUUAUUAACCCUACGACGGAAUAUUUUGAUCAAAUAACGCAGUUUAGUAACAUUUUCUAUUUCAUUACUCCAAAUGUAAUUAGCACAUUUCACCUCUUCCUCGGACUUUUGGCAGCAAAGUUUGUAUCGUCGGAUUCAUUAAGGAAUCGUAGACUUGGUGUGGUAAUUUAUGAGAUCCGGAGUUGGUUGGAUGGAUAUGAUGGAGUUGUGUACCGCAGUCAGUCAGGGAAAAGUCUGUAUAAAUCUAACAGACAUACGUUUGGUUAUUUAGUAGACUCUGUAUGUGACACAACAGCUGGUAUAGCAUUAUGUUUUGGUUGUUUGUUUUAUUUGUGGAAAUGUCCACCAACUACAAAAACAACAACUAUUCCAGAAGUUUUACCUUGGACAAAACCUACAGAAAGCAAUAUACAGACUUCUGGUGAAAAAUCAAACAGUGGAAAACCAAGUAAAAAUAUCAUGUUUUUCAAAGUGUUGUGUUUUGGAUUGAUGUUAGCACUGGCUUCUCUGACAUGGGACCGUACAGUGGAAUCCUAUGCCUCAGUUCUACAGAAAAAACUGGAAACCACACAGCAAACGGAGCUUCAGACAACUGUGCUACACUCAACAGGGACCUGGGUGAUUGUGUGGAUUUGGAGGUUAUGUGAAGGCCAGGCCAUGUUACAGAUGAUUCUUAUUGCCAUCUUCAUUGAUAAAAUAUGGGAAUUUUUAAAUCUUAUUCAGUAUUCAGGAUUUAUUAUCCUUGGAGCUUUGAAUAUUUUUAGCGAGAUUCACAUUCGCCAUGCCAAGUUAAUCAUUGGCAUGUAAUCAAGUGUGUACAGGAGAACAAUGCUGGUGAAUUUCAUUUGUUAUUGGGUGAUUUUAGAUCAUCCAAGGGCGAACAAAGAUGUUAAAACCUCGGUAAGUGUUUCCUACAGAGACAUCUUGUACAAUUCUGGGCACGUUUGAAAGAUUCCUUAUAUUUAGGACAGAGCAAAAUCCGUUACUUGUGGAUAGGAUGACGGUGAGUUACAUUGGUACGGAGUCUGUAAUUCUAGUUAUUGUUCACAAGGAUACUGUAAACUUACUUAUUCUAACACAGUCAAAUUUGAGCGCAAACGCAGAAAAAUGUAAAAUAGGAUUUAUUUGCUUGGACAUGAAUUUCGUCUCUGAAAUUAGACACUAUCUCAACAAGUGACCACUGACAGAUGUAUGAACUGUUUUCAUUAAAAUUGAGUUGUAGUUGUUUCAUUGCUAAAUUGCUAAUAUACCAUCUCCAGCAAUGACAAUAGUAAUCCAUACGAUCUCAGUCAGUAACGUGUUUGAAAGAUUGUGCAACUAUCUCAAUUGUAUCAAAGCAUACUAUAAACCAAUGACUUUACACAGACCGAAUGACAAAUUCAUUUAUCGUAACAUCACAGAGAAAACUAUCAAACUCUUUUAAAUUGAGGCAAAAAGAUCAAGCCAAAUAUGGGGCAUUUGUGUAAAAUAACAAGAGUGAAUAUAUAUCGGACAAAUUUCCAAUGACGUAAUUAUGUAGCGGUAAAGUAAUGGAGUUGUUUUCUGAAUAUGCGUGCAAAGAAAAAAAAUUAACAGGGUUUCAAAAGGAUCACACCAAUAGGCAGAAUGCUGGCAUGUCAUUUAAUAUACCAUGAUAAGUAACCCUUGAUAAUAUACCAUGAUAAGUAACCCUUGAUAAUAUACCAUGAUAAGUAACCCUUGAUAAUAACACCAUGAUAAGUAACCCUUGAUAAUAACACCAUGAUAAGUAACCCUUGAUAAUAACACCAUGAUAAGUAACCCUUGAUAAUAACACCAUGAUAAGUAACCCUUGAUAAUAACACCAUGAUAAGUAAACCUUGAUAAUAACACCAUGAUAAGUAAACCUUGAUAAUAACACCAUGAUAAGUAAACCUUGAUAAUAACACCAUGAUAAGUAAACAUUGAUAAUAACACCCUCCAAGCCCAGGUAGAUAAUAUAUAAUUCGUUGAUUUGUCACCUGGCAGAAAGUGUAGUCUAUUUAGAUAAACAAAAGAUUGAACACCUGACAUGCAGCAACCUGUUCACGGCUCGCUACACACCAGGUAAGUUUUACCACAGGUGACUGCAGGUCACAAUCAUGGGGUCAAUUAACGUUCAUUAGUGUUCUUUGAGACUGUCAGAAGUGGUUGUCAUUCAGAAUAGCUGGGCAGUCUUAUUACUGAAGUGACAUAUAGAGAAAAAUAACGAGACUGAAAAAAAUACCAGCAUGCAUAGAUUAGCGAUGCAAAACAGCGAAAAGCACUUAAAUUAAACUACCGCUAAAAUAAGUAAGUUUACAGUAUUAGAAAUCAAAGAAAAGGGUACUAAACCACUCAUGAAAUUUCUUGUUUGGGAAAACAUUCAUUAUUUGAAGUGAAUCCUUAUUAGCUUAUUGGUAUGAUAAGCCAUUUGGGUCUAUACCUAAUCAAUUCAAAUAUCUGUACAGUCAAACCUGCAUUAACAGUCAUCUUUAUAUCUAAAAUUUAAAACAGGUAUAUAUUGUAUUAUAAAAAGAGAUAUGUAUAUUUCUGAAAAAAAGUUCAAUAAAUCUAUUGAAAAAUAUGUAUGUCAAUAAUUAAAAUAUAAAUAUCUCAAUUUUGAAAACAGAUAUUUCUACAUUUUGCUUGUUCAUACAGAUAUCAGUAUUUGAAUAACAGACAUCUAUUUCAAAUAUGGCAAGCUGUUCUGGUUUUCAAAUACAGAUACCAUCCAUAUCUUUCUUCAAAGAUAUGUUUAAUCAAAAUACAGAAUCUCUGAUUCAAAUACAGAUACCUAUAUUUUGAAUACCCAUUCACAUAUCUCAAAUUCAAAUAUAGUUAUCUGUUUUUAUGUCUGAAAUAAUUGCAUCUGUGUUUCAAAUGCAUACAGCUAUCUGAGUUAAUGAGUGAAAACCCAAACGGCUUGCCGUAUUUGUAUACUGGUACAUAAAGUCAGCUAACAACCAUUUGUAUGUUUAAAGUAACUUUGUUGAAUAUAUUAAAACUUUGUUGAAAUUAAAAUUUAAACAUAAGCCUGAUCUAUCUCGUGCCAUUUGAUAAUUUCACAAUCAUGCAUUAAGGGUAAUAACGGUAAAAAGUGAAGUAACUCCUUCAAAUGUUGGUAAAUCGUUUGAAGUUGUUACACAACAGACAGGUGCUUGUAUUAUGUACAUGUAGUGAUAUUGUACUGUAAUGAAUUUUUGUAGAGUGUAUUUAUAUGUUUAUUGUAUUAGUUUUAUCCUAAUGAAUCUCACGUGAACUGACAGCUAUAAUUCUGUGAUGGUUGAGUGGUGAUUGUUGAUAAUUGUACUGUUUUGAAAAUUUGUUGUAUGGUAGUAAUUUAAGUACAGUUUAACAGGUGAUCUGAUAUCAGUUUACAGUUUUUAUAGAUUUAUUUAUCUUAAGCUUAAUAUAGUUUGCUUUAAGAAAAUACUGUUUUAGAUUUUAUAUAGACCUACGCUUGAAGAUGAACUUACCGGUAUUUGUUAAACUUAUUUACAUAUAAGUUAUCUUUUUUUACACCUGUAUGGCAGUAUGUUUAUUUUACUUUGCAACUAGUUUAACUUUAAGAAUAAUAUUCUGUUUUUACCCUUAGAUAAUCCUAUGGUAAGAGAAAUAACGUUUUUAUGAUUUUUGUAUUUUUGUAAUUUUGUUGGAUAGCAUUAUAUACAAUUCAGGUUGCCAUUACGAGAUUCUAUUUAUUUUUCUUCUUCAGCAGUGUCAUUUAAUGUAUUUGUAUUAAAGUAAGUAUCUUAUGCAGGUUAUAAAAAACUAACCCUGGCAAACAUUGCACGGGUUGUGAUUUAAAGCUGUCUUGGUAUGAAGAUCAGCUCUUUGUGUACUCAAGUAUCCUAGGAUUAUUAUUUCUACCUAACAUUAAGUGUAUACUCGCAUAAUAAUUUGUGCAAAUAAGUUGAAGUAUACUUGUGUCGCCAAUUAAAAAAAAAACUGUAAAUAAACGUGAUAUAUUCGAGAUAUAUAUUUGUGUCACUGAUAAAAAAUAUCUAUAUACAUGUACACGUAUGUACAUGUAUAUGUGAUAUAAUCAAAACAUUUAAAGAUGCACCAUGUGGGUGGAUCAUAAUUAUAUAUAGAUCUUGAUAAGAUUUUGGUGAUCAUUGGUCAAAAGGUCAUUUCUUACAGCAGGUUUGAUGAAGAAAAACUUACAUAAUAAACUUUAUGUGAUGUUAUCAGAAUUCAGGGUAUUCCAUUAUCAUUUUAAGUUAAUUACCUCUGAUGUUCAAAAUAGGUGAAGGGGAAUAACUCUACUGAAUUUUAAGUUAUUUGAAACAGAUAGAUAUUAAAUUAUAAUUAGCAAGAGUAAAUGUCAUUCACCAGAGUAUUUAAAUGUUUGUAGCUGUUUUGUCCAAAUACUCUGCUAAAGCUCUGAUCGUCCAGUUCUUUUGUUUGAUUUUUUCAAUCGAUUACCCUUCUACCAGUUUAUAAUUUUCUUUUUCUUUGUGACAAACAAAAAUAAGGAAACCAACCGUAUACAUAUACUCCCUUGAUUUUGACCUCUGGGACAGUCUAGUGUAACAAAUGCUAUAAACAAUUGCAAAAGUGUUCUUUGUUAAGUUGUAAUUUCCUGUGGAAUCUACCAGUAUGUGUGUUAAUUAAAUAGCUACAACCAUAUGUGUUUAUCCUCUUAUUUAUAUAGGUAAACCUUUGUGAUGUAAGGUUAAAACAAACAUAAACAUCUAGUACUUACCAAAAAACAUACAAUAUAAUAUUACCAAAGAUUCAACAAGAUAUAAGGCAUGACAUUAUCUGUAAUUAAGGAUUUUUUUUUGUUGGACACUAUAAUAUAGAGCUUAUUCAUUGUCUACAAUGUGUAGGGCUGCGUCUUUAUCAAAUAUCAAUGAUAAAGAUAUAUUGAUACACUGUUUACAUAGAUUUUUGCACAAGUUCUUCCUUCACAUUCAAAUAAAUUUAUUUUAUAUGCCUAACAUUUGCUAAAAUAAUUAAAAAAUGUGAUGUUGUUUUUUGUUUUGUUUUUCCUGGACAUGAAAUGAAAUGUUGUAUAUAAUAUUGAUUAAUAUAUGUUUACAUACACAUGUUUAUUUGUUUUAAACAUUAUUCAGUAAUCAAGUUUACAAUAUAUAUAUGAUUUCAUGUGCUUAAUGAUAAUGGAUAUGUGCUUGUAUCAGUCAGCAUUCAUUUCUUUUAAAGUUUUUUUUAUAUAGAUAUAGAUAUGAUUAUGAAAAUAUACACUAACAGUGAAUUAUUUUUUAACCAAAAAUCCACUAGCUAAAAAGUGUUUACAUUCCAAAUAUACCGGUAUAUAGGUUUUACAUUUCUUCUUAAUCAAUUGGUCGCGAAUUGACAAAGAAAAUUGGAUACAGCAAAGUUUACUUUUGACAGGUUAUAAUAUAUAUAUACAUAUACAGAUAUUUUAUUUAAGUCUCAUCUUUCGUAAUAACAUUAAAACAUUGCUAUACAUGAAUAUGGAAGAUCACAUAAAAUUUUAUCACGAAAGCCACUCUAAAAGAGUUAUGAGAGACUAUAGAUAUUUAAGAAAUAAGAAAAAUUUGUGUUAAUUAAAUUUCUUGGUGAUUUAAAAUAUCACUUAGGGCUUUAAUUUGGCACAGAAUUAUAUAAUGUAUUAUUUAUGUAUAAGCCAUCAACAUUGUUUAAACCAAAAUUGUAUUUUCAAGGAGCAUUACUAUAGAAACAUCCCCUUUUUUGCCUAUAUAAGAUGUUUUUAAGGAAUCCUUCCCAUAGCAAUUCUGUCUGUACAGAUUGUGCUAUGAAUGUUGAUCAUCUGUAUUUUCUACAUUCAGAAAUUCUUCUCUUUCAUACUGUGUUUUGCAGGAACCUGCAAAUAUAAAAUUACCCCGGGUACCAACUUGGUUGCAAAGGAAUUCUCAAACUAAUUUUUUUCUCUUUUUCUGUCUGUUUUAAAGGUAGCUAUCGUUAAACAUUUUUCCCCGCAGGAAUUGAUAAGAAAAAAGUGUUCUGAAACUCCAAGAUUAUUCAUAGAAUUAUAGUUUUAGUUAAAAAAUUGUUUGUUGUCAUAAGUAAAACAUUCUAAUUGACUUUUCUGUCAAUUACGAUUUGUAUUAACUUUUUUGUUACUUUUUGUGUUAGUACUGGAUUAUAGAACAUUCUGUUCUCUGUGUACCCAGAAAUAUCAAACUUUAUACAAUGUUUUCCGAGUACCUGGUUAUAGCUGUCAUACUCUAGGGCACACAGUUCAAGACAGAUUAGAUGUACAGGAUAGUUUUAAAUGCUCAGGUUAAAUAUUUCAUACCGUUCAUAAAAACUUGACAGAGUGUUGUUUUUAAUUACAAAUUAUGGAAAAUGUUCAUAAGAACUGGAAUAAGUGUUGUUUUAAACUAUAAAUUGUAAUGUUCCAGAUUUAAGGGAAUGAUAUAUUGUUUGAAUAUAUAUACUCAGGUGGUACAUGUCAUGAUCUGGAAAGAGUAGAAUUGUUUUGUUUGGUGUUUGAAUAAUACAAAUGUUUAUCAAUUACAAUGUAUUUCAUUGAACUAGUAUUUAUUGGUGUAAAACAAAUGAGCAUUUGUUUACAAAUAAAAGAGAUUUUAUAAUUUCAAACCCCUCUAUGUCUUGUUCCAAGAUAGAUGAAUAUUAUGCCAAGGUGACAUAUACAAUGUAGGUAUUACUAUGUCAGCAUCAACUCAAGUUCCUUUGGAUCAAUCAAACUCAAACUUCAUGCAGAUUUCCUUGCCAAAAGUGCUUGCUUGGAUUGCUUUUAAGGUCCGAAGUUCAAAGGUCAGGUCACUUUUACUUAGAAUAGAAAAUUAGUUUUAUUGUGAUAACCGAAGUUCCUUUGGGCCCAUCAAACUAAAUUUAUAUGCAGUUUUUCUUUACUACAAGUGCUUGCAUGGGAUUAGUUGGUUUUUUUUUACUGAUCCAAAAGACAAAGGUAAAUGUUACUGUUACUAUAAAUAGAAAAUCUGUUUCAGUACAAUAACUCUUGUAAACAACUUUCUGUGCAGCUGACACAUCCACUUCUGUGAAUUUUUUUAUUGAUAUAGGCAUAUGCAUGUAUUUCAAAUUUUACAAAUUAUAAAAACUUCCAAUUUUUGAGGGUAUAAACUUCCAAUGCCAUGCCAUUUAAUUACAGUGUAACAUAUUGACAGCAUUUACUUUUAUGUGUGCAAUUUUUGGGUCACCUGAGCAAAGCUUAGUGACCUUUUCCAAUCUGGCUUAGUCUGUCAUAGUGUUUCGUCUGUCAUUAGUUAACUUUUUUCACAUUUUUGACUUCUCAAAAACUCUGGAACCUUUUUUGAUGAAGUUUUGCAGAAAUCUUCCUUAGCUUAAGGUUUACCAAAAUAAGUGGUCCCUUCCCCGCUGGGGCCUGAAGGGCAGGACCAAAAGAGGUCAAAUUGACAAAUUGAUUUCAAAAAUCCUCUUCUCAAGACCCAGAUUUGGUAGAAUCAAAUACUCUUCAUGGAUAAAAAGUCUUAAGGUGUUUUAUCAAAAUUGUAAAUUUCAUGGCCCCUGGGUUUCAUGUUUCUCCCUGGAUGAAAGAAAAUCCCAUUUUAAUGGAAAUUAUUCCAAAUUAGUUAGAGCGGUGAGGAUCGGGGAGUAAAACUUAAGUAUUAUUUAUAUAGAAUCAAAACUGUAUGUAAAUACAAAAUGUACAUCAAAGAUAGUUACAGGUUUAAGACUCAGGUGACCGUUAAGGCCCAUUGGCCUCUUGUUAUGUCUGUAGAAAAUGUAAACUAAUGGUUUUAAACAGCAUUCCAAUUUGGCAUAUUUGUUAAUUUGUUUUCAUGUGUCAUUAGAAAAGUGGUGUUAAAAAUAUGUUUACAAAAAGCAUUUUAAGGGUAGUUUGAAACAUGUUAUUUCAUUUAAUAUGAAUAGGGUGCUAGAGUUAUUUCUUUAUUUGUGCUGAAAGUUGAAAUAAAGCUUUAUCAAAUACAUGUUGUAUGUUUUAAAACAAAAUCAAACUCGGUCCUCAACAUACAAUAUGAUGUUAAAGUAAACAUACGCAAUCAGACAAGUAAAUAUUGUAUGAUGGUGGUCGGAUAGAAAUUUAUGAAUCUGACUUUUAACAUUUCUGUAUGGAGAUAUUAUUUCUUAUUUGUAAUAAUUUGUAUACAGUGAGAGGUUGACUCCGGUUUGUAACAUUUCUGUAUACAGUGAGAGAUUAUCUCUGAUUUGUAACAUUUCUAUAUACAGUGAGAUUAUCUCUGAUUUGUAACAUUUCUGUAUACAGUGAGAGAUUAUCUCCGAUUUGUAACAUUUCUGUAUACAGUGAGAGAUUAUCUCUGAUUUGUAACAUUUCUAUAUACAGUGAGAGAUUAUCUCUGAUUUGUAACAUUUCUAUAUACAGUGAGAGAUUAUCUCUGAUUUGUAACAUUUCUGUAUACAGUGAGAUUAUCUCUGAUUUGUAACAUUUCUAUAUACAGUGAGAAGUUAACUCUGGUUUGUAAUAUUUCUAUAUACAGUGAGAGAUUAUCUCCGAUUUGUAACAUUUCUAUAUACAGUGAGAGGUUAACUCUGGUUUGUAACAUUUCUGUAUACAGUGAGAGGUUAACUCUGGUUUGUAACAUUUCUGUAUACAGUGAGAGAUUAUCUCUGAUUUGUAACAUUUCAGUAUACAGUGAGAGGUUAACUCUGAUUUGUAACAUUUCUGUAUACAGUGAGAGAUUAUCUCUGAUUUGUAACAUUUGUGUAUACAGUGAGAGGUUAACUCUGAUUUGUAACAUUUCUAUAUACAUUGAGAGAUUAUCUCUGAUUUGUAAUAUUUCUAUAUACAGUGAGAGGUUAACUCUGGUUUGUAACAUUUCUGUAUACAGUGAGAGAUUAUCUCUGAUUUGUAAUUUUUUCUAUAUACAGUGAGAGGUUAACUCUGAUUUGUAACAUUUCUGUAUACAGUGAGAGGUUAUCUCUGAUUGGUAACAUUUCUGUAUACAGUGAGAGGUUAAAUCUGAUUUGUAACAUUUAUGUAUACUUUGUAACAUUUAUGUAUACAGAGAUAAUUUUGUUUUGUUUAAGUCACAUUCUAUAUAUUGGGUUGGCCUGUCACCAAGUGUUUGACAUCAUCUUUAAUAAAAUUACUUCAUGUUUGUUAUUUUGUUA